AUGAAAUCAGUCGUGUUCAAAGCGCCUGGAAAAGUGGUAAUCGAAAGCCGGCCAAUACCCAAGAUCAAGGAGCCAACCGAUGUCAUUGUCAAAGUUGACAAGACAGCACUAUGCGGCAGUGAACUGCACGUCUUUCGCGGCCAUCAGCCAUCUGGCACCGACUUUGUCAUGGGACAUGAAUUUACUGGCCAUGUUCACGAAGCAGGAUCUUCAGUCAAAACUCUCAAAGCAGGCGACCACGUUGUUUGCCCAUUCACAACGUCGUGCGGUGAAUGCUUUUACUGCACACGCGGCUUCUCUUCCCGCUGCGUCAAAAGCCAGCUCUUCGGUAGCGUCGGCCUCGACGGCGCGCAAGCAGAGUAUGUUCGUGUGCCGCUUGCCGAUUCAACAGCCGUAAAAGCGCCGCCAGGCAUCAAGGACGAGGCUCUGGUUCUCAUGGCAGACAUUUUCCCCACGGGCAUGUUUGCAGCCAAGAACGCGUUCAAGCACUUCACACCCGAGGAGAUCAAAGACGCAGUCGUGGUUCUGAUUGGAUGUGGUCCCGUCGCUCUUUGCGCGCUGUGCAAUAUCAUCGACUUCAAGCCCAAGCACAUCCUUGCUGUCGAUUCAGUCCCCUCGCGUCUUGAUCUUGCAAAGACUCUAGGCGCCGAGCCAUGGAACUUUCAAACAGACCGCGAGGGCCUGAACAACCGCGUCAAAGAACUCUCCGAUGGUCGGGGUGCGGAUGCUGUGAUUGAAGUCGUGGGCUUGUCCCCAGCACUGCGGAUGGGCUUCGAGCUUUUGAGGCCGUGGGGAGUGCUUUCCAGUGUGGGUGUUCACAACGGAGAGAUUCCAUGGACGGGAAGCGAGGCUUACGGCAAGAAUAUGAGACUUCAGAUGGGGAGAUGUCCUGUGAGGAGCAUUUUUGAGGAGGCGCUGAAGAGCUUGGAAAGGCAUCAGGAUAAGCUUGGGUUCAUGGCCGACAAGAUCAUGCCUUUGAGCGAGGCUGUUGAGGGGUAUGACGUGUUUGACAAGAUGAAGGUGCAGAAGGUCAUUUUUGAGGCUCAGAAGUAG